AUGGCCAAGGUCGAGUCACUCGGCAUCCAUACGCCCGUGGCACUACCAUAUCUGAUUCGAGAAGGCCUUCUUCCGGCUGAUCCUAAGAAAACUUCCUACCGAUGGCAAACCUAUAUAUCUGGAAAAGAUGAAGAUCAAAUCGACGAGGAACUGCUGGUGACCGAGCAUUGUGUGGUCUGGUCCCAAGGCAAAUGCAUCCGAAAUGUCUACCGUUUCGAAUUGGAGGGUGAGGCGGUCUCCCAAGCCAUCUUGACACAGUUUGCCCCAUCUAUCGGAAUUUCUGGGCAGGAAAGUGCGUCAAAAAAUGGUGAGCACACCUAUACCACGCAUUCGUCACUACAUGGCCAGCCAGGAAACCUUUCAGGAGAACAGAUCAAGCCAUCGACAAGACCAGUUCGAGCUCUGGUAGUCUUCCUGAAAUCCAAGGCACAUGUCUACUACCUGCAUGGAGCCCGACAUAUCCUCGAUCUACCAUUCGAGAUCGAACGAGCACUUCCAGCCCCACGAGGAUGUCUAUUGCAGCGGAAGAUCACCCGAAAACUGCACGUAGCACCAACACCCCAUCUACCUAGCGCUCCUCCAAAUUCCUUCUUCUCCUCUCAACUCCGACCGCAGUCAUCUCACCUGCAAUCACCGACUCUGGUGAGAAGCUUUGGACGUCCACAGCCUGCGAAGCCCAGUCCAAGACGUGGCGGAGGAGGUAUCGACGGACUGCUUCAGGACGUGCUCGGCUCGCCAGCCGCAGCUGCCACUGAUGAAGUGGCAUCAUUGCAUUCUUUUACGGAUCCGCUGGCGAGCUUCGGAGUCGUCACAACUUCAUAUCAGCAUCAGAAGCCUCGCUUGUCAACGAAGCACCGGGCUGGAGUCAGUGUGGACUUCGAGGCUUUGGCCGCAAGCGAGCAGAUGGUGUAUGUGUCACCUGACGAUGAGCUUUCGGCUAGUAUCAGCCCAAGCACAUAUGCUGUGUUAUUAGUGGUUACUUAUAACAAUGAUACCCAGCUUCUGACUGUAUGGCACGGCUGGUACAUCGAAGAGAAGUCGCUACGAGCUCUCUUCAAGCAACGUGAAGCUCAGAAAGCGGCAAAGGCUAGGCGCCGGAGCUCAUACAUGAGCGUUACAGCAGGCACAGGGGCUACCACUCCUGCAGUUCGAGCACGUGAGAGCUUUGCUGCAGCGGGUACGCUUCGCCCACCAACAGAGCAUGCGACCGCGCAGCAUACGGCACAACUAUCUCGAAAAAGUACUAGAGCAGAGGAGGAGGAAGCGAUGGCCUCGCAGAUGGAUCCGGACUAUCAGCCUCCCGUACCAUCUCAACCACCAACGAGAGAGACUAGACGCAUCAGCUCAUUGAAUGCUGACCUGCGUACAAGCCAGUCUGCUGGAGUCGGAAGCUUCACGGGCGCUGGUGGACGGCGGAAUGCAUCCUUUGGUGGCCACAACGACCGGAAGAGCUUUGGGCAUCGCAAAAGCCGUGGCUCGACCCCGGGCAGUGUCUUUGGUCGCAGCCUGGGUCCUGACGACGACCUCAUGGACAUCGACAGCAGUGGAAAUUACGAGCAUGACGAGAACCUGGACAGCAUAGUGCAACAUAUACGUGCUACGUUCGACGCUGCUGGGGUGGACAGUGUCUUCGGAAAUGUCGACGAUGGUUACAGGAGGGAGCUUGUAGUUCGUAAGCUCCAUUCAAUGUCGGUCAGUAUGCGACCCGCUGCAGGAAACCCUGCGGAUACCUUCAGAGUGGCGACACUGAGGGCUCCACGACUAGACAACAGUAGCGAGGACGAUGUGCUCGGGCUAUACGUGCAAGACAUGGUCAGAAAAGAAAUUUCUCAUAUCGUACUCACGAUCAAGCGACGGCGGAUAUGGCCUGAGAUGGCAGACUCCACGACCUUUCCGAUUCCUGUAGUGACUCAUGUGGGUGCCCUCAAGCAGACCCACGACCUUCUCAAGCUGCACGAUGGCAGAAGAGCAGCUCUUCUAGUACUUGGUCAAGGCCUCAUACUCUCUGGCAACGACACAACAUUGUGCCCGCUGCCUUCUCAAGCAUCAUACCGCGUGCACAAUCCAUUCGAUGUGCUCACAAGAUCAGGCAGUCCAGGCAGGGAGGCUGGCAAGAACAGGCUGAUACAGCCAGCGCAGGGGUCCUUGGUAGUGACGAAUGCUGGGGCUGGAGCGGCUUAUGAUGAGGUCGAUGGGAGUGGCGUGCAUCACCGACGGCGAUUGAAGCUUGGUGCUGAUGAUCGAUGUGUGGAGCGAUUGCUGACGGUUUGCGAAACUGUGCUGCCUGUCUCGCAAGCUGCAAGAGUACGGGCGACAUUUUGCACGGCUUAUGCUUGGGUGCUGGCCAAUCCGGACUGCCUCAAGGACACAAGCUGCAGUGCAGAGUGGAUAGCAUUUACAGCGACUGUGUUAUCCUUCACCACUGCAUUGCUUGACAACAAGGCUCGCGCAGCAUUGAAGCUAGCGAGGCUGGCAUCUGGCAAGCAGAAUGGGGUUGAGCAGAUGGCCAUACACCUAGGUCGCCAGCAGCGUCAAGAACGAGCUUUAUCCUCCCAACCGUGGUCAUGGCUAGCUGCGUCUCACGCUGCGGCUGUCUCGUCUUCGACCGUAGCCACUCGCAAAGACCAGCUCCUUUCAAUCGCAGCUGCGCUUGCAGAUGACCUGAGCCAAAUCUCUGGUGCUGUUUCACCACGUCAGACGUCGGUGAACGCAGUCAACCUACUCCACGGUCUGCAUCUAUUCCGCGAAGAGCAGAAGUUGUCGACGUUGUCCGGGAGAACAUCUUCUGAGCUCGCUCUCGAGCCAAUCAUCGCGCAACUCGGAACAUGGCUUGGCCAACAAGCUUGGAGUGGUAGGGCUGGCUUGUACUAUGCCAUUGAGGGUGGCGGUGAUGAUAAGUGGGCCUUUGUCAAGUCUUCGCCUCCUUCACAGUUGUACAAGCGACCUAUGGACGAGCCCACAAGCGUGCACCAGUGGUUUGAGCGAGCUUUGCAAGGUUCGGAUGACAGGCCAUUCCCAGAUCUGGUGUCCGUUGUUGCCGCAGAUCUGCGUAGCCCUCCCUCCGAGGAUUUUGUACGGAAUGCUAAAGGUCUCAUGCCAAAAGCGUGCGCGCUGUCUGCAAUGAUGGAGGAGACAGGCGCGCUGAGUGUUGGUCCUUCGCGCAUCGUCGAAUCGUUGGCCAAGCACCAAGUCGACAGCAAUAUGCUGGAGUCUCUUCCUCAAGGUUUGGCAGCACCGUUCAGGGAAGCCAUUGCAAGAUGCGAGCGGGAGCCACCUACGUCCUGGUCACAGGACCUCCUGCAGCUGGUCGGUCGAGAAGACCUGGUCAUCCAGGAUAUGGCACAGUCUAGCACUUCUGCUGGUGCACCAGUCAUAUACUCGGACACCAAUCGUGACCUUCAGGCGAUAUGUCACGCGCUUGAACAACCAGUCCACGCACCGAAAACGAGGGAAGCGGCUCGGCAUGGUGUCUCGCAGCUCAUAUUUCAUCAGGAUCGCAGGCUUGUCGAUGCCGCAGCCCUCAUGCGAUACUAUAGUACGCAAGAAGCAGAAUGUGCCAAGCAACCUGACUGGUCGGAUGGCCAUCACCUCGACCAGCAGCGCAACACUAUUGCUCAUGUGACUGUGCGCAUGUGGGCUCUACCAGCGGGCGAUGGGAUGAUCCAUUACGAUUGUCUCACGCCACUACUGACGGAGAAGUAUAUCCCACAUGGCUUCGGCUCAAAGUGCCUGAUGCAUCCGAUGGGUAAUGUGCUCCACAUCGACCGAACUACACUCAGCGAAGAGAAAGUUGGCUGGGCAUAUUUUCACGCUGGAGUGUCGGGUGGUUUGCGGAUAUCGAAACAAGUCAAGGGCAUUGAUACAUCGUGGGUGGCAUUCAACAAGCCUGUUGAACUCACCAACAGACAUGCCGGACUUCUGCUUGCGCUCGGUCUGGGUGGCCAUUUGAAAUCGCUUGCCAAGUGGUUGUCCUUCAAGUACUUGACGCCGAAGCACAAUAUGACUUCUGUCGGACUCUUGCUAGGGUUGUCGGCAUCAUAUAUCGGGACUAUGGACAGCCUCAUCACACGCAUGCUGUCGGUACAUAUCACCAGAAUGUUGCCCCCGGGAGCGGCAGAGCUUAAUGUCUCAGCUAUCACACAGACUGCAGGUUUGAUGGGCAUUGGGCUGCUCUAUUACGAUACUCAGCAUAGGCGAAUGAGCGAGAUCAUGCUAUCAGAGCUGGAGUACAUGGAGGUCGAAGAUCCGGAUAGUGGACCGGAUCGACUUCGCGACGAGUCAUACAGAUUAGCGGCAGGCUUCGCUCUCGGACUCAUCAAUCUUGGGAAGGGUAAAAGUCUGCAUGGACUUCACGGAAUGCGGCUACCUGAGCGUCUUCUGGCUGUUGCGAUUGGUCCCAGACCCGUUCGAGCUGUACAUGUUUUCGAUCGGGCUACUGCUGGUUCGAUCAUUGCUCUGACGCUGAUCUACAUGAAGACUGGCGAUAAAGGCAUAGCGGCGAAAGUGGAUAUCCCAGAUGCUGCGGCACAAUUCGAACACGUCCGUCCGGAUAUGCUGCUUUUGCGUGCUAUGGCAAGACAUAUCAUCAUAUGGGACGAGAUCAAGACCGUCCAUCGCAAUCCUCAGAACCGAACCUCACCAGGCUGGAUCGAAUCCAACCUCCCAGCCUGCUAUCAGAGCACAUACCGAGCCUUGUCGAGCACUAAACUCAAGCAGCCGCUGCAGACGACCGAUGUGCCCUUCUACAACAUCCUCACUGGUCUCGCAUGGGCACUAGGACUAAAGUACGCAGGCAGCGGGAACGAAGACGCUCGCGAUGAAGUCCUGUCUGCUCUCGACCUGCUCUAUCACGUGGCAGGCGAAAGCUACUACUACGAUGCCAAGCUCACCCGCGCGACGGUGCGUCGCUGCGUGGAUGUCCUCGCACUCGUCGCAGCUACCAUUAUGGCAGGGACGGGUGAUUUACAGACCUUCCGAUACUUGCGCCGCUUACAUGGUCGUACAGAUGCGGAGACGCCUUAUGGCUCGCAUAUGGCCGCGCAUCUCGCGAUAGGCGUGCUGUUCAUGGGCGGCGGAACAUACACGUUUGGCACCUCGAACUUGGCAAUCGCCUCACUGAUCUGCGCUUUUUAUCCUUUGUUUCCUGCAGAUGUCCAUGAUAAUCGGGUCCAUCUGCAAGCCUUUAGACAUUUCUGGGUCUUUGCCGCGGAGGCGCGAUGUCUGGUUGUGGAAGACGUGGACACGGGACGGCCAAUACGGAUGCCGGUGAAGGUCAGCAUGAGAGAUGGAUCCAAGAAGGUUUUGACAGCGCCUUGUCUUCUGCCGGAGCUGGACACGAUAGCCUUGAUCCAGACGACGGACUCCGUAUAUUGGCCUUUGACUCUAGACUUCGCCAAUCAGCCAUCACAUCUCGAGGCGUUCCGUAGCAACCAGACUGUGCAUAUCCGGAGAUGUCCUGCAGCGGAAGCCCAUGGGACGGUAUUCAGCGCCACGCUCGCCGCGGUCAACGAUGCUUCGCAGAGUGCACUAUCACAACCUCUGGCUAGUAACAAUCUUUGGCAGAGUCUCUUCACGUUGCCGGCACUCAAAGAUCUGGAUACAGCGGACUGGGAGCUUGUGCUGCCGCCUGAUGUGCAUAGCUCUACUCACUUAGAUGAGCGUGGGACGGUGGUUGAUGAUCGGUUGAUUCUGGGCAGAGAUGCUGAGGAUAGUGAUGUUGAUAGGUUGAGAGCUUUAAAGGUGCUUUUUACAUGGGCGGAGAAAGUGAAGGUGGAAGGCGGAGGGGAGAUGCGAUGGUUGGGGGAUGAGGUUGUGCAGAAGUUGAGAGCGAGGAUUGAGGAGAGGAGUAGACUUGCUGCUUGA